AUCUGCAGUUGCGCCGCUCGUGUCCCGGCGCUUUUUUUCUUCCGCACCCGCCGCCUUCUGACGCCGGGCGUGACGUCACCACGCCGGGCGGCCGCCAUUACAGAGAGCCGAGCUCCGGAGCUAGAGCCAGCGGAGGAGGAGCAGCGGCCGGUGGCCGAGCAUUGCGGGGACACCCAGUGGGCCAGCGCUAGCGCCGAGCAACCGCCAGUAGCCACAGUAGUACUCCGGCAACCGGCGGCGGCGUGUGCGUGUGGCCCGUGUGCGGGCGGCGGCGCGGGAGUAGGGCGGAGAGGCAGCCGGUUCGGGCGGGUGGCAUCAUGGACGAGAAAGUGUUCACCAAGGAGCUAGACCAGUGGAUCGAGCAGCUGAACGAGUGCAAGCAGCUGUCCGAGUCCCAGGUCAAGAGCCUCUGCGAGAAGGCUAAAGAAAUCCUGACAAAAGAAUCCAACGUGCAGGAGGUUCGAUGUCCAGUCACUGUCUGUGGAGAUGUACAUGGGCAAUUUCAUGAUCUCAUGGAACUGUUUAGAAUUGGUGGCAAAUCACCAGAUACAAAUUACUUGUUUAUGGGAGAUUAUGUUGACAGAGGAUAUUAUUCAGUUGAAACAGUUACACUGCUGGUAGCUCUUAAGGUUCGUUACCGUGAACGCAUCACCAUUCUUCGAGGGAAUCAUGAGAGCAGACAGAUAACACAAGUAUAUGGUUUCUAUGAUGAAUGUUUAAGGAAAUAUGGAAAUGCGAAUGUGUGGAAAUAUUUUACAGAUCUUUUUGACUAUCUCCCUCUCACUGCCUUGGUGGAUGGGCAGAUCUUCUGUCUACAUGGUGGCCUCUCACCAUCCAUAGAUACACUGGAUCACAUCAGAGCACUUGAUCGCCUACAAGAAGUUCCCCAUGAGGGCCCAAUGUGUGACUUGCUGUGGUCAGAUCCAGAUGACCGAGGUGGUUGGGGUAUAUCUCCUCGAGGAGCUGGUUACACCUUUGGACAAGAUAUUUCUGAGACAUUUAAUCAUGCCAAUGGCCUCACGUUGGUAUCUAGAGCUCACCAGCUGGUAAUGGAGGGUUAUAACUGGUGCCAUGACCGGAACGUAGUAACAAUUUUCAGUGCUCCAAACUAUUGUUAUCGUUGUGGUAACCAAGCUGCAAUCAUGGAACUUGAUGAUACUCUAAAAUACUCUUUCUUGCAGUUUGACCCAGCGCCUCGCAGAGGCGAACCACAUGUUACUCGUCGUACUCCAGACUACUUCCUGUAAUGAGAUUUUAAACUUGUACAGUAUUGCCACGAACCAUGUAUUGACCUAUUGGAAAUGGGAAGAGCAACAGUAACUCCAGAAUAUCAGAAUAGUUUCAUUCAAAAAAACUUGUUUUCACACGGACCAAAAGAUGUGCCAUAUAAAAAUACAAAGCCUCUUGUCAUCAACAGCCGUGACCACUUUAGAAUGAACCAGUUCAUUGCAUGCUGAAGCGACAUUGUUGGUCAAGAAACCAGUUUCUGGCAUAGAGCUAUUUGUAGUUACUUUUGCUUUCUCAGAGAGACUGCAGAUAUUAAGAUGUAAACAUUAACACCUCGUGAAUACAAUUUAACUUCCAUUUAGCUAUAGCUUUACUCAGCAUGACUGUAGAUAAGGAUAGCAUCAAACAAUCAUUGGAGCUUAAUGAACAUUUUUAAAAAUAAGUACCAAGGCCUCCCCUCUACUUGUGAGUUUUGAAAUCGUUUUAUUUUCAGGGACAUCGGUUAAUUUAAUUGUACGAUUUGUCUGCACUCAGUUUAUUUCCCUCUUCAAUCUCAGCCCCAUGUUGUUCUUUGUUAUUGUCAGAACCUGGUGAGUUGUUUUGAACAGAACUGUUCCCCCCCCGCCCCCCCGCCCCAUAAGACGAUGUUGCUGCACAAGAGCACUGCAGUGUUUUUCAUAAUAAACUUGUGAACUAAGAACUGAAAAGGUCAAAUUUUAAUUGUAUCAAUGGGCAAGACUGGUGCUGUUUAUUAAAAAGAUAAAUCAAUUGAUAAAUUUUGGAGUUGUAGAAUUCUCGAUAAAGAAAAAUAAAAAUCAAGGCCACUACAUAA